AUGGCUUCCAUAUCCACCGUCUUCUCUAACUCAUCCCCAUUCUUAUCUCAACCCCUAACCAAAUCCCGCAAAUCCGAUUCCUUCGCCGUAACCACCGUUUCAUUCCAGACAACAUCGAGAGUUCGCGGCGGAAGAAACACCCUCCGAGUAAAAGCUGGGCUAAUCGAUCCCGACGGUGGUAAGCUAGUGGAGCUCGUGGUGUCAGAGCCGCGACGAAGAGAGAAGAAACACGAAGCUGCGGAUUUGCCGAGACUGAGAUUGACGACGAUCGAUUUACAAUGGAUGCACGUUUUGAGUGAAGGUUGGGCAAGUCCGCUUCGUGGGUUUAUGAGGGAAUCUGAGUUCCUCCAAACGCUUCACUUCAAUUCACUUCGUCUUGAUGAUGGAUCCGUCGUUAACAUGUCUGUACCAAUCGUUCUCGCUAUCGAUGAUGAACAAAAAGCCCUAAUCGGCGAAUCGAAACGAGUCGCACUUUUUGAUUCAGAUGAUAAUCCCAUCGCUAUUCUCAGCGAUGUUGAGAUUUUCAAGCAUCCGAAAGAGGAACGGAUAGCUAGAACAUGGGGUACGACUGCACGGGGAUUGCCUUAUGUAGAAGAGGUGAUAACAAAUGCUGGAAACUGGCUUAUUGGUGGUGAUCUUGAGGUUCUUGAACCUAUUAAGUACAAUGACGGGCUUGAUCGUUUUAGGCUUUCGCCAUCUGAGCUUCGUAAAGAGCUAGAGAAACGUGGUGCGGAUGCUGUGUUUGCGUUUCAGCUUAGGAACCCGGUUCAUAAUGGACACGCUCUUCUUAUGACUGAUACUCGAAGGAGACUUCUUGAGAUGGGUUAUAAAAACCCAAUCCUUUUGCUUCAUCCGCUUGGUGGGUUCACAAAGGCGGAUGAUGUUCCUUUAAGCUGGCGAAUGAAACAGCACGAGAAGGUGCUGGAAGACGGUGUUCUUGAUCCCAAGACAACAGUGGUUUCCAUAUUCCCAUCUCCAAUGCUCUAUGCUGGUCCAACCGAAGUACAGUGGCACGCAAAGGCUAGGAUCAAUGCCGGUGCUAACUUCUACAUUGUGGGUAGGGAUCCGGCUGGAAUGGGUCAUCCCGUGGAGAAACGUGAUCUAUACGAUGCUGAUCACGGGAAGAAAGUACUAAGCAUGGCUCCUGGACUCGAACGACUCAACAUUCUUCCUUUCAGGGUUGCUGCGUACGAUAAGACACAAGGCAAGAUGGCUUUCUUUGAUCCGUCGAGGGCUCAGGAUUUCUUGUUCAUCUCUGGCACUAAGAUGCGAGGACUGGCAAAGAACAAAGAAAGUCCACCAGAUGGGUUUAUGUGCCCUGGAGGUUGGAAAGUGCUUGUUGAUUACUACGACAGUUUGACUCUAACCGGAAAUAACCGACUUCAGGAAAAGGUUCCGGUUUAA